AAAAAGAAGGGAGGGAAUAAAGAAAAAAGCCUAAAGGGUAAAUUAUUAUAUGUGUCUGAAGCAAAGCAAAGAAUUUAUGAGAUGUUGGUAUACAUAAGACCCAAAGGAUACCAAAAAUUUAGGGAGGAUGGAAUUAGCGGGAAAAAAAAAAUCUAAACUGAAAAGAACUAAGGAAGGAGAUUGAGGAAGCACAAGAAAGCUGAACCAAAGAUAUUAUAGUACCUUAGAUUUUCCAGCGUAUUGCUUAGCUUCUUCUUAUCCUGGGCGGAACUGUGAUCGUGGUGAAAAAAAAAAAAUCAUUACUUAGAAUAAUCAAAGUAUGGAAGAAGAAUGUAGAGAGAGAAAUGGAUCAGAAUUAUUGUUGAAAAUUGUGUUAGAUGCUGAAGGCAUGCAUGUAGAGGAGAAAGAAGAUGUAGCCAUGUAGGGCAACAAAGCUAAGAACAAGGAUAAAAUAACAGCAUGGCUAAUCCAAUUCCUUUACCUGAUUUCUUGCAACAACGUGCCUUCGACUUUGCAGUUGAGAAACUCACAAAUGUGUGGAAGAAGCAUGUAAGGAAUCGGGUGGACUACACAUUGAACUGCCAUAAGAAACUUAAGAAGCUAGGAAAUGCUGUGGAUGAGCUCAAGGAGGAUGGAAAAAAGGUCCAUGAUAAAGCCGAAGAGGACGAAAGGCUUUACGGGAGAGAAGUAUAUCAUGUUAAAGCAUGGCUGCGUCAAGUAGAUGAAAUAAUCUCUGAAUAUGGCAAGUUGAAAGAUGAACACAGUAACCACGUUGUCAUAAAUCUGAAGAAAAGGUAUCUCUAUAGCAAGAGGGCAGAAGAGAUCAAAGAGUUAGUCAUGGAGCUACAAAAAGAAAAGUUGGAUAAUAUAUCUUACUGGCAGCAGCAGCAACAACAACAACAACAAUGGUCAUUCUCUGGAUUCAUGGGUGUUACAUUUUCUGGUUCUGAUUAUAUGGAAUUUAAGUCGAGAAGGACUACAAUGAAAAAGAUUAUGGCAUCGCUAGAAGACUCGAAUUCAAGAUUGGUUGGUGUUUAUGGGCCAGCUGGUAUUGGGAAGACCACUCUGGUGAUAAAGGCUGCCAAACAAGCUCAGGAAGACAAGUUGUUCGAUAUGGUGAUCAUGGUGAACGUGACAAAACGUCCUGAUACAAAGAAGAUUCAAGGCCAAAUUGCUGAGAUGCUAGGAAUGAAGUUGGAAGAUGAAAGUGAGGAAGCAAGAGCAACUAGCAUACAAGAGAGGCUGAAGAAUGAGAAGGAUAACAUCCUUAUAAUCCUGGAUGAUCUGUAUGCCAAACUGGAUCUGAAUGCUUUGGGAAUCCCACUACAAACAAAAGAAGAAUCUUCUGCCAUUGUGGUUCACAACCAAAAUCCUGAAUCGGAGGAUAAGCAAACUGAGGAACCUGAUACUGCUGAUGCGAAGAUGAUGAAAGCAAAAAACUCCUUCGUGGAUGGCUCUAGUAAGUUAAAAGAUCACAACAGGGGGUACAAGAUUUUAUUGAUUUCUGAGCUGAGACAAGUAUUAACUGAAAUGGAUGUGAAAGCAGCCUCUAUUUUUUCUAUAAACUUCUUAAAUUCCAAUGAGGCAGAGACAUUGUUCAAGAAGACAGCUGCAAUAUUUGACAAAAAUGUUGACGAACUAAAAAAAUAUUCCCCUGAUCAAAUUGCGGAAAAGUGUAAUGGUUUGCCUAUGUUAAUAGUGACAACUGCGAGGGCAUUGAAGAACCAGAAGAACCACUUGGUUUGGAAGGAUACCCUUGGAAAACUUGCAAAGCUUGCAGCUGAAAAUCCAAAUGCAGCACCUGAGUAUUCUACAAGGUUGAGUUAUGGGCUUCUAGAAAAUGAAGAGCUCAAGCUUACAUUCUUGCUUUGUGCUCGUAUGGAUCACAAUGCUUUGGUUGCUGAUUUGGUGAAAUAUUGUAUUGGUUUGGGCUUUCUUCAAGGCGUCUACUCGGUAUGGGAAGUUAGAGACAAAGUACAAAUGUUACUUGCAAAAUUAAAAGAUGCAGGUCUGUUGUCUAACAGUUAUUCCCGCAAUCGUUUCACAAUGCAAAAUCUUGUUCGCGAUGCAGCUCUGUCAAUAUCAUCUGAGGAGAGACACGUGUUCACGAUGACUGAAGGAAAAUUUGAUGAAUGGCCUAGCAAGGAUGAACUGGAAAGAUGCACUGUUAUUUCCUUAAAACAUUGUGACUUCAUUAGAGGAUUUCCCAAUAGCCUAAAAUGCCCUUCACUUAGUGUCUUUCAUAUUGAAAAUAAUGAUCCAUCUUUAGAAAUACCAGAUAGUUUCUUUCAAGAAAUGAAAGAGCUUAGGGUGUUGAUUUUGAUUGGUGUCAAUCUUUCAUCAUUGCCUUCAUCAAUUAAAUGCCUCACAAAUCUUAGGAUGCUUUGUUUGGAGCAAUGCAUUCUAGGUGAGAAAUUAGAACUCAUAGGAGAGUUAAAGAAUUUAAGAAUACUUAGUUUUUCAGGAUCUGACAUUAGAAUCUUGCCCGAUAAACUAAGUCAUUUGUCUAAGCUACAAAUCUUUGACAUAAGUAAUUGUUACAAGCUUAGAAUAGUUCCAUAUUGUGUAAUGUCAAGUUUGACUAGACUAGAAGAGUUGUAUAUGAGAAACAUUCCAUUCCAAUGGGAAGUUGAUGAUGGCAAACAGAAACACCAGAGUGAAAAUGCUAGUCUGUCUGUGUUAGGAGAUUUGGAUCAAUUAACAAAUCUAGACCUACAAAUCCCAAGUGUCUCUUAUUUGCCCAAGAAUUUGUUCUUUGACAAGUUAUACAGCUACAAGAUUACCAUUGGUUCUUCAAUCAGAUAUUCAAAGCCUUAUUUCCAGAGUCCAAAUAAGUAUGACUUGUCAAGAUGUUUGGUAAUAUACCAAAAGGAUGGCUUUGACAUUCACUCCCAUGAGGCAAUCAAAAUAUUGUUUGAAAGAGUAGAAAUUUUGUUGCUGGAAAAACUUAACAGUGUCAAAGAUGUUUUCUAUGAACUGAAUUUGCAAGGGUUUUCAUAUCUUAAACAUUUAACCAUUGCAAGAAAUUGCAGUAUUCAGUGUCUCAUCGGUCCAAAAAGAAGGGAGAAUUAUUUGGAGAAUGCUUUUCCGAAAUUGGAGUCAUUGCAUCUCUACAAGCUCAGGAAGAUGGAGCAAAUUUGCUCUCAUCAAUCAUUCACAGAACCUUCCUUCAGUAAAUUGAAAACCAUAAAGAUCGAGCUCUGUGGUAUGUUGAAAAAUGUUUUCCUAAGUUCUGUGGUUGGAUUUCUAACUGCUCUUGAGACAAUUGAAGUUUCUGAAUGUAACUCUUUGAAAGAGAUUGUUGUGAUGGAAACAAAUAAUAGUAAUGAAACAGAGCCUAUUCUCAAUCUUCCUAAACUACGUUCUUUGACACUACAAUCUUUAUCGAAGCUUAUUGGAUUCUAUCCUAUUUCAUCUGAAGGAGAUACCAAAUCACUAUUUCAUCGUAAGAUAGAAGUUCCGAAGCUGGAGAGAAUUGAGUUGUGUAUGCUCGAAAUCAACCACAUAUGGAGUGACCAAAUAUGGACCACUUGCCAUACUGUGGAUCAAAGCAAAUCUCCUUUACAAAAGUUGAAAGAGUUGGGCAAGAAGUACCACACUAUCAAACAAACUUAUUCUCCCUUUCAAAACUUGAUACACCUGGAUGUCAAUGGGUGUUGGAAUUUAAAAUGCCUAUGGUCUUUCUCUAUUGCUAGACAUUUGGUGAAUCUUCAAAGCCUUUUUGUUACUGAUUGUAACAUGACCCACAUCUUUCCCCAACAUCAAGGUGGUGGAGAGGCUAAAACGAAGAAGGAUGGCAUUUUUCCAAACUUGAAGACUGUGAAGCUGAGUAGCAUCAAGAGUUUGUGUAAGAUAUGGAAUUCUGAUGAAGCUCCUGAAAAUUCCUAUGGCAAGCUGAACACUCUGAUCAUUGAUAAGUGUGAUGAAUUGGUCAAUGUAAUUCCUCAUAAUAUGGCUCGAAGAUUGGCUAGUUUAAGUUGCUUGAGGGUUACGAACUGCGCGUCAAUCAAAGUUAUAUUUGAGGAAGCUGAUGAUGAUGAUAAAAGACAAGAUGCUAUGCAUAACAUUAAGUUGCAAGAUAUUCAUUUAGAAGCACUCCCGAAACUGGAGAAUGUAUUCAAAUGGAAGAAAGAAGUAAACUGGAGUGAUCUCAAAUUGCAAAAGAUAUGGGUGCAUCGUUGUGGAAGGUUGGAAAACAUAUUUUCAGUUUCUGUAGUCAAGAAUGUUGAAAUAAAAAUUGAAAGCCUUGAAAGCUUUGUGGUAUCAGAUUGCUACCAAUUGAGGGAAAUAGUCGGCAAGGGAAAAGAUGCUGUCAUCAACUCAAGUAGUCCUAUUCAAUUUGAGUUUCCUAAAUUGACUACCGUCAAGUUUUCUGGAUUAUCAAAAUUCAAGAGUUUCUAUUCAUCAGGAGCUUAUGAAUUAAGUUGUCCAACAUUAAAAGACCUAUCUAUUAAAAGUUGUGACUUGUUGGAACUAUUUGAAGAAACCUCAUCACAUGCAGAAAUAAAGAAUGUUCUUUUUCCAGAAAAUUCUAAAACUGGAGAAGUAAAAGUAAAGGAGGAAAUCAAUAACAAGUUAAAGUCCAUGCAUAUUGACUCACGACAUCUAGUGGGGUCAUCAAUGGACUAUGACUACAGAAGGGAUAGCUUAGAAGAGCUUCAGUUGUCUCGACUGAACAAUUCUAAUAUUAUAUAUUCUUUCCUUCAUUGCAACCCUAACCUCAAGAGCUUACACUUGGAUGAUUGUGACUUUGAAGAAUUGAAGCCUGGUGGAACAAGAAGGCCCGCUAUUGGGGUUGUGCCAAAAUUGAAAAGCUUGACAUUAACAAACAUGUCUUAUCUUUGGAAGAUUUGCUUUGAGCAAGAUGCAGUUCUUCAAAAGAUAGAGUCAUUGGUUGUAAACAAUUGUUCAAGCUUGCACACCAUAGCACCUUCGUCUGUGUCUCUCGCUCACUUGACAAUUCUAGAAUUGGUUGGCUGUUGGAAUUUAAAAUAUGUGAUGUCACCAUCAACUGCCAAAAGUUUGGGUCAACUCAAAACCAUGAAGGUAAUCAAUUGUAAAAAUCUAGAGGAAAUUGUUACAGAGAAAACACAAGGACAGGAAGAAAAAGAAAAUGUAGUCACAGAUGUUUCCAUCAUUUUCAAACAAUUGAUAACUCUUGAGCUUGUGUCAUUGGUGAGACUUAAUAGUUUCUGCAGCUCCAAGAAUGUUGCCUUUAAAUUCCCAUCAUUCGAGAAUUUUAUUGUGAGUGCAUGCCCCAAAAUGGAAGUUUUCUCUGCAAAUGAAGUGGAUUGUGGGCCAAAUUUGCAAAAGAUAUAUUAUGUGCAUGACAAAGAGAAGAAGAGAUGGUGCUGGCAUGAAGACAAUAUAGGAUCUACAAUAAGACACAUAUUUGAAAAUAAGAAAUUUUUUGAAGGCAUGAAUAAGUUGGAUUUGGAUUUUGAUAAAGAUCUUCUAAAACCAAUCUGGCGAAGUAAAGAAGGUCCCCGAAAAGAUUGGUUUUCCGGUUUAAAAACUCUGACGCUAUGUGACUGGGAUACAUCUAAUACGCAUGCAAUUCCGUCAAAUGUCCUCUGUUGUUUGAAGAGCUUACAAGAACUUCAAGUGCUGGAAUGCAAGAGCAUAGAAAGCAUUUUUGAGAUGGAUGACACUAAGAGCUGGGAAUUAUCAUUCCAACUGAAGAAGCUAACUUUAUAUCAUCUACCAAGUCUAAAGAGUGUGUGGCAAUAUGACAAAGGAGAAAUUCUUCUAGGCUUUCAAAAUCUGCAGCAGGUCACUAUCUAUGGUUGUAGUAAACUGACAAGUGUGUUUCCUACUGUCUUGGCCAGAGAUCUUAAAAAGCUCCAGGAACUCCAUGUAAGCUAUUGUGCUGAGUUGCAAGAAAUUGUUGGUAAAGACGUGGGAGGAUCAGAAACGUUUAAGUUUCCUCGUUUAACCACACUGAUACUAUCAAACUUGCCACAACUAAGUGACUUUAAGUCUGGAAGAUUGAGUCUGGAGUGCCCCGAGUUAAAGCAGCUGAAGCUGUAUCCGAAGCAACAACAAAAAUAUCCGGAGGGCGGUUUUUCCAAGGUGGAGAAGUUGUAUUUAAAUGAACUUUAUUCGUACUCUGGUUACAAUGAUGAUGAAGAGAACUCUACUUCACCAUUUGAGAUAUUUGCUGAUGACAAGAUGCUUCCCAAAUUAGAGACUAUUCAUAUACAUGGGAACAAACAUUGCAAAACCAUCAAUGUUCCCAAAGAAGCGGGUGAGAGGAUGCUUCACUUGAAAGAAUUGAAGUUGGAGUCACUACAUGAGCUGAGCUCCAUUAGUGGGAUAGGGUACUUGUUAAAGCUGCGGCUAUUGGAGGUUUCUCGUUGUCCAAAAUGGACAAGAGUAUUAGUACUACAUUCAUACUCCAAUCUGAAAGAAUUGCAUAUAUUUUCUUGUCAUGGAUUGGAAUGUUUAUUGACAUCCUCAGCAGCAAAAAUGCUAAUACACCUUGAGGAGUUGAAAGUUGAAUACUGUAACUCAUUGAAAGAAAUAGUGGGAAAAGAAGAAGAAAGUGGGACGGAAGACAUUAUUGAAUUUAAGCGCCUACACAGGAUAACUCUUAAUCAUUUGGGAAGACUGGAAUGCUUUUAUUCAGGGAAUGCCACACUGCAGUUCCCCUCUUUGAUUCGGCUGGACAUACUACGCUGCUCCAAGAUGAAAAUUUUCUCUCAAACAGAAAUAAAUGUGAAACCACCAUUAUUUCAAGUAUUUUACUCCUCUUAUGAAGCUGAAAGAUUGUUCCUCCAUAAUCUAAACGUAGCUGUUGUAUGCCAGUUUCUACAACAGAAACAUCUUGUUCUUGGAAAUCAUCGGGAGCUGAAAGAUUUAUGGCUUGGUAAAGUGCAUAUCCCAGCUAAGUCCUACUCCUCUAGUUUUAAUUUGGAACGUUUGGUGGUGGAAGGGUGUGAUGAAUUCUUUACAACCGCAAUACUACCUUCUCAUUUACUUCCCUUCCUGAGAAGAUUACAAGUGUUGGAGGUGCGGGGAUGCAAUUCUGUUGAGGCCAUAUUUGAAGUCAAAAAUACACCAGCAGAUAUUGUUAUUCCUUUAAAGAAAUUGACUUUGGAGAAACUUCCAACUCUAAGCCAUAUUUGGAACAAGAAUCCUAAAAGAAGUAGUCUCAGCUUUCCAUGUCUGAAGGAAGUGGUUGUGAAUGGAUGUAAAAGCCUCACAAGCUUGCUGCCAGCAUCAUUGGCCAUGUCUAACAUGAAAAAGAUAGAUGUAAAAAACUGUGAGGAAUUGGUUGAAAUUGUUACAAAAGAUGAAGCAGACAAUGAAGAAAUAAAUAAGGAGCUUAUUAUGUUCCCUAAGCUAACCUCAUUGACUCUGCACAAUUUGCCAAAUCUUACAUACAUUUAUGCUGGAAUGCAAAUUCUAAAUUUGCCCAAGUUAAGAGAGUUGGAUAUUUCUCAGUGUAAAUUUGCAAUAGAUUCCACUGUAGAGGUUGUUACCCCUCACUUAAAGCGACUGUCAAUAGACAAGGCAGGUGUGAUGAUGCUUGACAAUGAACUGCUUCAUUUGGACCCCCAAAACAUAAAAUAUCUGACAUUGCAAGGCUUUAAUGAUAUUCAUGACUCAGAUGCCGCAUCUGUCUUUGAUUUCUUUCCAAAGGUUCCACUUUCCAAUCUUCUGAUGCUUGGAGUGGCUGACAGUGCUUUCAAAGAAAUAUUCCCCUCACAAAAGCCUGAGAUUAUUCAUUCACAGUCACAACUGCUUAUUAGCAAAUUGAGACUGUGGAAUCUGCACAAGCUUGAAUCCAAUGGGUUACAGCACACCUGGGUGGCCUCCUCUAAUCUCACAUGGCUGAAAGUUGAGGGUUGUGCAUCUUUGAAGUAUUUGUUUACUUCUUCAGCCGCCAAAUGUCUUGUUCAACUUGAAGAGUUGUACAUAUCCAACUGUGAAGCACUCGAAAGUUUAAUGGUGGAUUAUCAACCACAUGAUGAUGAUCAUGAUGUCAUCAUAUUUGAAAAGCUUAAGAAACUGUCUCUUAGCCAGAUACCAAAACUUGAGAGCUUCUACAAAGGAAAGUCAACUUUGAAUUUUCCAUCUCUGAAGGAAGUCGAGGUUACUGAAUGCAACAGAUUGGAGUAUUUGUUCACAUUCUCAACUGCCAAAAACUUGCAACAUUUGUUUAAGAUGGAGAUUUCCAAAUGUGAGUCAUUGGAAACAGUUGUUUUGGCAACACAAAAAGGGGACAAAUCACAAGAAGAUCUCACAUUCUCAGACUUCACAUAUCUGACUCUUAGUGAAUUGCCAAAACUUGAAAGUCUUUUCACCGAAAACUCAUCAACUUUGAAUUUCCCAUCUCUAAAGAAAGUCGAGGUUACUAAAUGCAACAGAUUGGAGUACAUGUUCACAUUCUCAACUGCCAAAAGCUUCAAAAGUUUGAAACAGAUGAAGAUUUCCAAAUGUGAGUCAUUGAAAACAGUAGUAUUAGCAGAGGCAGACGAGCCACGUGAGCUCACAUUCUCAUACCUCUGGAAUCUGUCUCUAAGCGAAUCCCCGAAACUUGGAAGCUUUUUCACGGGAAAGUCAACUCUGAAAUUCCAAGCAUACUUGUACAUUGAGAUCAGUCAAUGCAAGAUCAUGAAAACUUUCUCACACGGUGACGUGGAAGCACCUAAAUUAAACAUAGUGAAAAUAGAUGGAGUGAGUUGCUCGAAAGAUAAUCUAAAUGCUGCAGUCAGUCAACAAUUUGAGAAACGAUCCACGCAGCAUUGAUGAAUUAAUUAGUACAAUUAUAAUUUAACAUGAAAUUUGUUGCUUGCUAAGGGAAGCUUAUUUUCAAUGCAUUUGUUACCACUUACCAGUUAGCCUUGCAAAACUAGUAGUCUAAUCAAGGAGCAAUGGACAAAUAAAUAAGGAUGGUUGGUUCUAUGGGACACCAAUUGCAGCAAUUAAGAGGAUAUAAGUGGAUCCCAUCAUGGCAACAAAUAUUCAUUUCUGUUUGAGUAGUGUGGUGUGCAUGAUAUGAAUAAGUUCCCUGUAUCAUCACUAUGCAGGAAGAAGUGUGUGAUUGCCUUUUAAGUGGCAUAGCUAUAAACUAAGUGUGUUCUAUCAAUAAAAUUAUAUCUUGUAUUUCAUACUAGA